AUACCUCAAAAUUUAUUUGUUUCUUAUUAAUUAGUUCUUAAACGUAUAAUUUUCAUUCAGUUUCAGUUUUCAUUUUAAAAAUGUUGCUGUACAUUUAAAGUUUUAAUUUUUCUGAUCACUUUUACUUUUUUAUCUCAUGAUUUUACUUUGGUGAGUCAAACAUUUUGGUUUGUUAAGCUGGUGUUGGUCUGAGUGACGUAAAUUUCACCAUCAAAGGCCUUCACACCAAUUUGUUUAUGAGUGUAAGGACAUUCAGUAACUGCAUAACUCCCUUAAAACAAAUGUAAAAACUGAACUAUCGAGUUAAUGUCAUGCAGCAGCCCCUCACUGUAGUCCUUACCAGAUAAAAACUCCUGAAUGAAGCAUGGAGGGCAUGGAAAGAGGAAGAGGAGGCUGAAGUAGGCGAACACAGAGACUCCACGCCCCAGACGUUUCUUUCUUCCUGCUCAUCCAUGCGUGUUUAAAUUCCUCUGCACGGGUCUGAGCAGUGGCGUGGAAGAUUGCUGCCUCACAGAAACAAACACACAUGCGCCCCACUAACAUCAGACCCAGCAGCUCGCCACAGGACACGCAUGUGACACUCCAGCACGGAUCCGGCUUAUCCAUGAAGAAUGAAUCAAACACACGUGUUCUGCUGUUUUCAAUGUUCAGGUCUGCUGCUUCCUCGUGAAUCAUGUCUUCCUCCUCGUCCUCCUCCUCUUCCUCGGAGCUGCCCUACUUCUGUCCUCGCUGCGGUGAUGGGUUUCGGUUCUCAUCUGUAACUGAGCUCCGGGCGCACCUGGUCAGCCGACACACCUACGAGACCCUGCUGGUGCUCUCCCAGGCUCGGGUCAGAAGCUCCAGAACCAGUUCUCUCCUCCCACUCCCUAGCCCAGCUGUAUCCCAGAGUCAGAGCCCUUCUCUGGACAUGGAACAUCAAAGCUUGCCCCUGCCACUGGCCUGCUUGGACCUCGCCUCAUCGUCUGCCUCCGUCCAACUGCUCAGGGAGAUGUUUGGUGCUUCCGAUUGCCCUCUGCCUUCUUCUACAGUACAUUCAGAAGGCCCCUCCACCGCUCUGGCCCUUCCUGGAUCUGUGGAUCUGUUUGCUGGGAAGAACCUCGGCGAGGUGGGGGUCCAGCUGGGCUUGGUGGAGAUUGGGCUGGAGGAGCGACUGGGGCUCGGGCUGGAUCAUAAAAUCGCCCGGACGUUCGCGGAGGUUGAGGAGAGGGUGAACCGACGCAUGGGCCGACUGAAAGUGGAGCUACAGAGGAGAGAGAUGGAGCUACAACGGGCGAGGCGAGACAAGGAACGACUCAGGAGUGAGAAACAGGAAGUGGAAGAGAAAGCGGCCUACCUGUCCCGACAGGUCUCAGCUGCCAUGGAGAUGAUGGAGAAAUUAAAGAAAGAUCUUACAGGGAAAGAGAAGGAGCUGAGCAAACAACAACAGGAGAUGGUGGACAUUGAGUAUUUUUUGAGGGAGACGGCAGAGAAAGAGGCCAAAGCCAAAUCCAGGCUGCAGAUGUUCAUUGAGACACUGCUGGAGCGAGCAGAUCGCGCAGAGAGACGGCUCCUGAUGCUUGGCUCGCACGAACAUCGUAACCUCUUCCCAGACAGUGACGGGUAUGCGUACACCGAGCCCUAUGUGCUCACGGAGGUUUACGAACCCGCACGGAGCCGAGGGGGACGCAGUCUGGAUGGCAGCACUGAUGACAUCAUUGCAAAUAAGAUGCAGGAAACCAUCGGAAACAGGAGGAGUUAUAGCGUGUCGAGCUCCUACAGGCUGGGAGAGCAGCUGCAUGGACACCAUCACUACAGUGGUCUCGCUGGACGAAUGCGAACCUCGUCACUGGGUUCAGGGGGGUGGAACUGCGAGGCGGCAUCAACCCAUCUCCAUCCAAAGCCCUACGCCCAACCCUGGACUCAACGAGAGAGAGGAGAAGAUGGGAGGAGGGAGAGGUUCUGGGCUGCAGAAGAGGGAUGGGGGAGAACGUGGAACAAAAGAAACUUUCGUCACCACAGCACCGAGGAGGAAGACGAGGAGGAAGAGGAGGAAGAGGAGGGACUGUGGAGCAGUGCUGAGAUGAGGAGACUCAUCUUUGCCAGGACACACACACCUGGAUCAGAUACCUCCUCUUCCGUCCGCUCCACACCCUCCCGUUGCUUUGGUGACAGACAGCUGGUAGCAGACACCCUGCGGCUGAGGGCGGGCCUUUUUUGCAUCUUCCCAUAUUUGGACGUGCAUUCUUUGCUGCGUGCAGCCGAGGUGUGCUCUGAUUGGCGGUUCGUUGCCAGGCACCCUGCUGUUUGGACACGCCUCCAGCUGGAGAACGCCAGAGUGUCUACAGAGUUCCUGACGACGCUGUCACAGUGGUGCACUCAAACUCAGUCUGUGGUGUUCAGCAACCUGAAGCCUCGAAGUCGUCGAGCCAACGAGACGCGAGAGGACUACCACAGAAACAUACGAGGGAGUGUGGAGCCCGGGGUGGAGGCCCUGCUGCGGUCAGCAGGGGGCAGCCUGCUCCACCUGUCUAUCUCUCAGUGUCCCCACAUCCUCACCGAUAGGACACUGUGGCUGGCCAGCUGCUACAGCAGGAACCUGCAGACGCUCACAUACAGGAGUUCAUCAGAUCCUCUCGGUCAGGAGGUUCUCUGGGCUUUGGGUGCUGGAUGCAGGAGCAUCACCAGCCUGCAGGUGGCGCCUGCUCAUCCCUGCCAACAGCCAACUCGUUUUGGUAACCGCUGCUUGCAGACAAUUGGCCGCUGCUGGCCACACCUCCGCUCUCUCAGUGUGGGCGGAGCUGGCUGUGGAACUCAGGGGUUGGUUGCUGCUGUACGCAGCUGUACUCAGCUACAGGUGCUGGAGUUGGAACGUAUUACUGACCUCGGCCUGCAGGCGGCGACAGAGCUGUGUAAAGCUGGACUGAAGAAGAACCUGCAGACAUUGAUCUUGACACAUACGCCUGUGAGCGGUCAGGCCAUCCUGCACUUCCACAGUGAGUGUGAGAACAUCAGGUCUAUCAUUGUUGAGGUCUCUGCGUCAGAUUACUUUGAAGAACCGGACACUGAGGAAGCACAACACCUGUUUGGAGAGAUUCUCAGUACACUGAAGGUUCUUCAGACGCGCCCUGGUCUGAGUGACGUCCUGCGGGUUAAAGCCGACAGUUUCUCCUGACCUCAACGCAAACUGUUUUCUUUUAUACGUGAGAACGUCUAAAUCUGGGUUUUGUUUUUUUACCUGAAGCCAUCAAUCUUUCCCUGAACUAAUGUGUGCAAUAUUUACUACACACUGGCCCAAACUGUUUACCUACCUGUAGCUUGAUUUAUUUAAAAAAAGAAAAAGAAUAAAAGAUAUUUAAUGUGUUUUUAGGAAUCUAGGCUAAAAUAAACCACACUGAUCUCUUAAUGUCUGUGCUAAACCCAUGCAAAGCAGUCAAGUCCCAUGGCAUCAAAUACUGCCACUCCAUCAGAUGCCGCUGUUGUCCUAUUGAUAGGUUUCCUUUGGCUUCAUUGCCCUGACAUAUCUAACAAUCCUCUUUUAAAGCUACUUAUUUCAAAAAUAGUUUCAAUCCUUCAAAAUCAAAUUAAAGCUGAAAAGCUCAACAGAACUAAACACUGUGUUAAAGAAAAAGUUUUGUGUAAUACCACUGUAUACCCAAAGAGAGUGCAGCGACUCGGUGGAGACUUUUUUAACCAGAAAAAUGAUUACAGUUAUAUAAGAAAAAAAAACCUCUCAAGGAAAUUGGGGUUGCUAAAAAGAAAUUAGUUAGCUGUAGGCACAGAAAACUACUUGGUCAAGUUUGUUUUUGUUUUUUAAAAAAAGGCAAUAAGUAUGGCCUUAUGUUAAAAAAUUAUGUUUAAAUGGCAUGAUACAAAAGGGUCCUUCACAAGCGUCAAUACAUGAAGAACAAACACCAAUUGUCAUUUUAUCUUUGAGAUGCCACUGGCUAAAAAAAUGGCAGUAUUUGGAACUCUGAGAAUGAGAUUGGGCUAAUCAAGUGCAUCUUAAAGCUUUUAAAAUCUAUUAAUAAUACAAAUAGGACAGGCAAAGUGGCAAUCAGGCUCUUAAAAUCUUGAUCUAACCCCUGCUCACUCCAAAAGACUAAAAUUCAAAAAGUACAUCUGAGGUUUCAUAUUCUCUUAAGUUUUAAUUUUCCUGCAGGUCUUUUUUUAUUAUGAACAGCUUCUAACAUUAAAAAAUAGGACUUAAAAUAAUUGUAUGAGUCAAUCAUUGAGUGAAAUGGAAAGACAAGACCUCAAACUAAAAUCUUGAUCCUUUAACUUUUACUUAAACGUGUGAAUAAGAACUUUUUCUACCAUAGUGACCUCUUUUUUUAGCACUCUUUCUCCUCACGAAUCUUAGAGCCCUUUAACUUUUAUUCAUCUCUUCUAUUUUUGCAAUAACUCAGACCUCAGCAAAGUCGAGGCACCUCUAAAAAACCUUUAUUUACCCUCAUCAAACAGAACAUCGUUGUUCUGCGAAAAAAAAAAAGCCAUACUUGUUGUAUUGAAGUAAUCAAAACCUUUAGUCUUACCUCAAGUUUUAACAGAACCCUUGUUCUUUAUUUUUACCUUAAAAAUAAGCACAAAAGCACACAUGCACAAAGACUUUUUGCACAAGCAAGCAGGGCGCAUUGAAUUAUGCACCAAAGACAUCAGUCGAACAAUCAUUGAAUCAACCUGUCAGUGAGAACUGCAGAUGUGUUGAUUCAAAAAUGUGUCUUUUAGCAACCCCUAGAAGCUGCAGAUGAUACCUGUGUGGUUUUUCCAACAAUAAAUCACUUCCUCAUCAGGUUUGUGUCUCCUCUUGAUUAAUUGUGUUAUAAAACAAACAAGAUGUGUUCGUCUUCUGGAAUCAAAGGUUUCUGUUUCUAAUGUUGGACUGGAAUCUACAGUUCUUCAAUGUGCCCUAUGCAAUGUUUUGUCACAUGUGAAUGUGUGUAUUGCCACUUAAAAAUAAAAAUGUUCCUUGAGUCUCUCCGUUACCUCAAA